GUUAUCCUGGCAUGAUAUUAGCAGUAGUUUUAUAAAGCAGUUCACCUUCAGAGGUUAAUGAUAAAUUAAUAAGUUGUUAUUGUGCCUUAGAGCAGAAAUAAACCAAGAAUUAAAAAUUGGUUAUGCAUUUCGUUUAUCAGACACUUAAAUGCAAAAAUAAUACUGCAUCGUUCAUUAAAAGUCAGUAGUGGUCAAUCUCUAAUAUACAUAAUAUAAUAUAAUUUUGAUGAGGAGGAGAUAACGGAAGAGCCAGGGAUGCCAGAGAGAGAGCGAGAGAGACGCAUGCGGCCACUCUGUGUGCGCGCGUGUCUAUGUGUUUUAUGUUUAAGUUCCUCUGAGUCAUUAAAGUUUACGGUGAUAUCGUGUUACAUUGUUGCCGAAACCCGGGAAAGGAAGGGGGGCACAUUGUCCGGGAGAACUCGCCGCUGCCGUCGGCCAUGGAGGCGGAGGAGCCCGCUGCAGUCCGCCGGGGGGCGGAGGAGCCCGCUGCCGUCCGCCGGGGGGCGGAGGACCCGCUGCCGGGCACCAUGAGGCGGAGGAGCGGCUGAGGACCAGGAGGCAUGCCCACGGGAGCCAAAGAAGAGUGUGUUCUUUUCUCUCUCUCUCCCGCUCGCUCUUUCUCUCUCCCCUCUCCCUCCCCUCGUCUCUCUCAAAUUCUCAGGAGGCGGGGAGGACCAUUGGGUGGUGGAAUGGCCAGAAGGGCAGCAUCUCCCCUCCAGAGAUGUGGGGGGGGGGUGGAGUAAACCAGUCCGGAUGGCGCCCCGGCCUGAAUCGGGCAGUGGAGGAGUGUGACGAGGUGGAGAGCAUGGCCGGGUCGUGAGGAUGCAUGCCUGGCACUGAGUUGCCUAAUCAGUGGGAGAGAGAUAAAGGAAGAGCCACAGACACCAGAGAGAGAGAGAGAGAGAUACGCACCCGGCCACUGUGUGUGCUCAACUCAUAGAGACUAAAGGAACAAAGACUACACCUUCGACUUCCAACACUGCUACUGCAGCCUGCAGCUUUUAUGGCCAGGUUGGCAAACCUCCCACAGGAGAAAAGAGGGCAUCUAAAGCCUCUGAACCCAGUGGAAAUGUUCCUGCUAAGAAACCACAGGUGACCGUUAAGGGGCGAUGCAUGCCUCACUCGGACAGUCGGUUCAGAGUGGAGGUUGGCUACCACGCAGAUCUCAUCAUGGUGUUCAAAAGCAUUCCGUCCAAGAACUACGAUCCUGCGACAAAGAUGUGGAACUUCAGUCUGGAGGACUAUCAGAUGCUGAUGGAGCAGGCUGCAAGUUUCCCCUCCGUCUCUCUGAAACCUCUGGAAGGAAUGGAAGGGCUGAAUAUUACAGCAUCCACCAGUCGGCCCAAAGAUGCAGCAGCCCUGGCAGCAUUGAUGAGGCUCUGUCAGGGUUGGCAGAAACCAGGUGCCAUUAUCAAAGGGAAGUGUAUUCUAGUAUCUCGCACUCGGCUGGAGGUGGAUAUCGGAUACCAUGCUGAUGUUAUUGGAAUCUUCAAGCAAAUGCCAUCCAAAUGUUAUGACAUGAAGACCAGAAAGUGGAGUUUCCUGCUUGAGGACUACGGCAAGCUCAUGUUUGGUCUGAGUGAGCUGCCUGGGGUGGAGAUUGAACCUCUUCCACAAGCUGUGCUGCAGUCCUUCGCCACCCAGUUCGAGAAGAGCGAGUCUAAACCUGCGGUUCCUCCUGAAGCUGAUCUCUCCAGCAUAGAUCCACAGCUCACCCGCAGCCUUAUGCUCUUCCAGAGAGACGGAGUCAAUUUUGCAGUGUCCAGAGAGGGCCGGCUGCUUCUGGCUGAUGACAUGGGUCUGGGGAAGACUCUCCAAGCCAUCUGUAUAGCCGCAUACUACAGGAGUGAGUGGCCUCUGCUUGUGGUCACCCCCUCCUCAGUGCGCUUCACAUGGGCUGAGGCUUUCCAUCGUUGGCUGCCCUCCGUAAGGGCUGACAGUAUUAAUGUGGUCGUUAAAGGCAAAGACAGCCUGCACUCUGGUCUGAUCAACAUCAUCAGCUACGAUCUGCUCAGCAAGAUGGACAAACAGCAGCCGUCCAAGUCGUUCAAUGUGAUUAUUAUGGACGAGUCUCACUUCCUGAAGAACAUGAAAACGGCUCGCUGUCGGGCUGCUCUUCCUCUGCUGAAGACUGCUAAGCGAGUGAUCCUGUUGUCUGGAACGCCAGCCAUGUCCAGACCUGCAGAGCUCUACACACAGAUUCAAGCUGUGAGACAUUCACUGUUUCCACGCUUCCAUGACUUCGGGAUACGUUACUGCGAUGCCAAGCAGUUGCCGUGGGGGUGGGACUACUCCGGUUCCUCUAAUCUGGGUGAACUGAAGGUUCUUCUGGAAGAAUCUCUGAUGCUGAGACGCCUCAAAUCAGAGGUGCUCUCUCAGCUUCCCGCCAAACAGCGCAAGGUGGUUACCGUGACGAUAGAUGGCAUCAACUCCCGCACUAAAGCUGCCCUCAGAGCCGCCGCUAAAGAGCUCGCCAAAGGAUGCCACAACAAGAUGCAGGAAAAGCAAGCUCUGCUGGUCUUCUACAACCACACAGCGGAGGCCAAGAUCAGAGCCAUCAUGGAGUACAUCUCAGACAUGUUGGAGUGUGGCCGAGAGAAGUUUCUGGUUUUUGCACAUCACAAACUGGUGUUGGACAGUGUGACCAAAGAACUUGCUGAGAAGGGCAUCAGUUAUAUUCGUAUCGAUGGCUCAACGGCGUCUGCAGAGCGACAGCAGCUGUGUGAGAGAUUCCAGUUGUCACAGAAGAGCUGUGUGGCCGUUCUCUCCAUCACAGCCGCUAACAUGGGGCUCACGUUGCACUCUGCCGACCUCGUGGUGUUCGCAGAACUUUUCUGGAACCCUGGAGUCUUGAUUCAGGCAGAGGACAGAGUGCACCGGAUUGGACAGACCAGUAACGUCAACAUUCAUUACCUGGUUGCCAAAGGCACUGCGGAUGAUUACUUGUGGCCCAUGAUCCAGGAGAAAAUGAAUGUCCUGGAGCAGGUUGGGUUGUCUGAAGCAAAUAUUUCAGACAAGGCUGAGUCGGCCAGCUUCCACAGCAAGGACCCUAAACAGCAGACAAUCACCGAAAUGUUCCAGAGGUCCUUCAGUGAGGAGGACAUGAAUGAAGCAGAUCUUCUGGAGGCUGUGAGUGAAUGGACAGGUGACUGAGUGACUUAUCCUGUCACUAACUAGAUAAAAACAUAUAAUGGCUUUCUUUAGCAGCUUCAUGAUGAUCAGGAUGAACAUUAAAAAAAGAGGUUUAUUCCAUUUUAAGUUGUAUUUCUUUUUUAUUUUUUAUUUUUUAUUUUUUUUGCUAAUCACUGAAUGAACAUUACAUGGAUUUACCUAGUGCAUCACAUAUUUGUAUGUAACAAAAUGUAAAGUAAUAAAACUGUUCUUGUAUUUGUGAUAAAUUCAUCUGAAUUUGUCUGAAUCAUUUAAUCAUCAAAUAUCAGCCUAUUCAUAAAGCAAUUGUUUACCCAAAAAUAAAAAUUGUCUUUACACCAUGGGACCACGCAGCCAUCUGCAGUCUCCUAGAGAUGAACGUAGUUUGGUGUGAAAAGUGCAAAUCAAUCCCAGAACAACAGCAAAGGACCUUGUGAAGAUGCUGGAGGAAACAGGUAGACAAGUAUCUAUAUCCACAGUAAAACGAGUCCUAUAUUGACAUAACCUAAAAGGCUGCUCAGCAAAGAAGAAGCCACUGCUCCACCAUGUCAGCCCUGAUCUCAAUCUGAUAGAUAAUUUGUGGGCAGAACUGAAAAAGCGUGCGAGCAAGGAGGCCUACAAACCUGACUCAAUUACACCAGUUCUGUCUAGAGGAAUGGGACAAAAUUCCAGGAACUUAUUGUGAGACGCUUGUGGAAGGCUCCCCAAAACAUUUGACCCAAGUUAUACAAUUUAAAGGCAAUACUACCAAAUACUAACAAAGUGUAUGUAAACUUCUGACCCACUGGGAAUGUGAUGAAAGAAAUAAAAGCUGAAAUAAAUCAUUCUCUCUACUAUUAUUCUGACAUUUCACAUUCUUAAAAUAAAGUAGUGAUCCUAACUGACCUAAGACAGGGAAUGUUUUCUACGAUUAAAUGUCAGGAAUUGUGUAAAACUGAGUUUAAAUGUAUUUGGCUAAGGUGUAUGUAAACUUCUGACUUCAACUGUAUAUGGUGCUUUUAGAAGCUUCAGUACAUUUUUAAAGAUUUCUCUUUGUGUUCCACCGAAGAAAUAAAGUCACAAGUUUGGAACGACAUGAGGGUGAGUGAAU